UCUUCACACAUACCUCAUCUCCCUUCUUGUCUCUUUCCAUACCCCACUUUUAUCACCUAAUCUCAACAUUUCACAACAUUCUUCAACUGGGUUCGAUUCCAUCUACCAUCUUUUUCUGAGCGAUUGAAUAUUUAUAGGAAAAAGGGAAAAGGGUUUAUCAGAUGGUGUUGGAUUCGUAUUAUUCGAGCUGGGUGUUUUGUUAUUGCAUCUAGUUUUGGUCAUUUUUGUUGAACAGGGGAAAGGGGUUUUUAUCAGAUCGAGUUUGGUUCCAUAUUACUUGACCUGGUUGUUGGAUCCAUUUUGGUGAAAGAUUGGAUUUCGAAUCGAAAAGGGGAGAAGGGUUUAUUGUUCGUAACCCAUUUGGGUUUGUUGAAUGGGUGCUUUGGAUGAGGGUCAUUAUGAUCUGAAGCUUAAUGGGUCUGUGGAUCUUGAUAUUGAGCAAGAACCAGAAACUGUAGCCAUUGAAGAUGCUGUCAAGGUUUUGUUACAGAGCUUGGGUGAAGACAUCAAUAGAGAAGGUCUUAAAAAAACCCCUCUUCGUGUUGCCAAAGCCCUCCGUGAAGGGACCAGAGGCUACAAACAGAAGGUGAAAGACAUAAUCCAAGGUGCAUUAUUUCCUGAAGCAGGGGUCGAAAAUGGAGUCGGUCAAGCUGGAGGAUCCGGUGGGCUAGUUCUCGUUAGAGAUCUUGAUCUCUAUUCAUAUUGUGAAUCUUGUUUGCUCCCAUUCCAGGUCAAAUGUCAUGUCGGUUAUAUCCCAUCCAGUCAACGUGUUGUCGGCCUUAGCAAACUCUCGAGGGUCGCUGAUAUCUUUGCGAAAAGGCUCCAAGAUCCACAACGGUUGGCGGAUGAAAUUUGCGUUGCUUUUCAACACGGGAUCAAGCCGACUGGUGUCGCCGUCGUUCUCCAGUGCUCACACAUUCACUUCCCCAAUUUCGAGACUCCAUUUCUAGACUCCGAACAUCAGAGAUGGGUGAAGGUUCUAGUAACUUCCGGUUCUGGUUCUUUCGGGAAACAUGAUUCUCCUACCUGGAUUGACUUUUUGAGUCUGCUAAGAUAUAGAGACAUCGAUCUAGACACCAUUCAUUCAAGAACAUCCGUUAAAGAUUCAUGGUGUCCAUCAAGAUCUUUCUCCGUGAUCGGGCCUUCGAGACCCGGGAUGGUUACUGCCGUGGCAUCGAUUUUACGGUCCUUAGGUCAAGAUCCGUGUAGAAAAGAACUCGUGGGUACUCCUAAUCAUUUCGUCAGAUGGCUAACGAAUUUUAAAGAUUCAAACUUGGAGAUGGAACUCAGUGAGUUCCCUGGUAUCCCAUUAAGAACCAUCGAGCGUGUGAACUAUAAAGAUCACAUCAAAUCAGAGAUGAAUCUAUCAUUAUGGUCACUCUGCGAACACCAGUUACUACCGUUUUACGGUUUAGUUCAUAUUGGUUACAUAUCCGACGAAGAACCGAAUCAUGAACGGAAAUCUCGUCUACAAUCAGUUGUCCAUUUUCAUGGUUUCAAACUCCAGGUACAAGAAAGGCUUACCAGACAGAUCGCAGAAACUGUUGCUCCAUUUUUGGGUGGAGAUGUGAUGGUGGUUGUGGAAGCAAAUCAUACUUGCAUGAUUUCUAGAGGUAUCGAAAAAUUCGGUAGCAAUACGGCCACGAUUGCGGUAUUGGGUCGGUUCUCGAGCGAUCCUGCAGCAAGAACGAAGUUUUUGCAGGGAAUUCCUAACUGUUGUUUGUAAACAGUAGGGUAAGGGGACGUUUGCGUUGAGUGAGCGGUUAUCGAGUAAAAGUCUUUUGAAGUAAUAAUCCAAAUUUACUUAUAAGGUAAGUGUGGAUGGUGACUAUUGUCGGUAAGCUUUCCAAGUAAGUGUUUAGUAAAUGAACCCUAAAAAGUUAUGGGUUUUAUAUGUACUACUACUUUACACUACAUUUUUGCAUUCAUAUGUGAUUCUAUUAAGCUGAGAAAGAUGUCACAACUUAUAUGUGAACUGCUAUUGUGUGUCUACAUUUAGUUUAUGUUUGGUAAAUUGGCCAAUUAGUUGUUUGUUAAUAAGCUAGUUGA